AUGGUGCGUAUCGAGGAUGAUAGUCCAGUGGAGAGGGUAUCACCUGCCUCAGAUCCAGUACCUGACAAUGACGGAAACGAGCAAACAGCAAGCAAUGAUGGAAAAAUUCCAGUGUCAAAUGCUACGAAAUUGGCGAAAGCGAUCUCAAGAAAUUGUCAUUCAGAUAUUGAAAGGUUACUGAAAGAAGAGUUAUGCGACGAAACUAGCUUAGUUCGUGCUAUUCCCCUAUUGAAUUACGUUGCCUCACUUGGAAAUCUCUUUUGUGUCCAGCUCCUUGUUGAAAAAGGUUGUCCAUUCAUGACGAGAGACUGUGGCGGGUAUCUGGCUCUAUCUUUGGCAGCCAAAAAUGGGCGCUUGAAUGUGGUGGCUUACUUGACGAAAUGCAUCGAAAAAACAGGAAAACCCUAUGAGAAGGAGUAUAGAGAAGCUAUAUGUUUUGCAGCCUACAUGGGACACCUAUCUAUUGUCAAAUUACUCCUGGAUCAUUAUGGGGACAUCUGUUAUGGGUUGAGGAAUCCUCAUAGAAACAGAAGUGCUCUUAUAGCAGCCGUACUAAAUGGCGAUAUAGGAGAGAUGAACCGCCUUCUUGCUGUAAUCAAUGGAAGCUAUCAUCUGAUGAAGUACAAGAGUGACUUGAAGCUAAAUAGGUUGGAAGGCAUUCGAUUGUUCAUUGCUCUAGCGGUUGCUAAACGAGACAGAGAUGUUGUCAAAAGACUACUGCAAUGGGCUGAUGACUAUAAGCCUUCAGUAUACCAAACUGACGAAGACCUGUAUGAAAAGGCUCUUGGUAUUGAUGGAUUUACUAUAGCGUUUGAUAUGUACACUCGUAUUAAACAAUGUCAAUAA